AUGCCCUGUGCCCGGCCCUUGGGGCUCACGCCCAGCCCAGCCCGGAUCGGGGGCCCUGUGCCCGGCCCUUGGGGCUCACGCCCAGCCCAGCCCGGAUCGGGGGCCCUGUGCCCGGCCCUUGGGGCUCACGCCCAGCCCAGCCCGGAUCGGGGGCCCUGUGCCCGGCCCUUGGGGCUCACGCCUGGCCCGGCCCGGAGCGGGGGCCCUCUGCCCAGCUCGGCCUCGCCUGUGCCCGGCCCUUGGGGCUCACGCCCGGCCCGGCCCGGAUCGGGGGCCCUGUGCCCGGCCCUUGGGGCUCACGCCCGGCCCGGCCCGGAGCGGGGGCCCUGUGCCCGGCCCUUGGGGCUCACGCCCGGCCCGGCCCGGAGCGGGGGCCCUGUGCCCGGCCCUUGGGGCUCACGCCCGGCCCGGCCCGGAGCGGGGGCCCUGUGCCCGGCCCUUGGGGCUCACGCCCGGCCCGGCCCGGAGCGGGGCCCUGUGCCCGGCCCUUGGGGCUCACGCCCGGCCCGGCCCGGAUCGGAGCGGGGGCCCUGUGCCCGGCCCUUGGGGCUCACGCCCGGCCCGGCCCGGAGCGGGGGCCCUGUGCCCGGCCCUUGGGGCUCACGCCCGGCCCGGCCCGGAGCGGGGGCCCUGUGCCCGGCCCUUGGGGCUCACGCCCGGCCCGGCCCGGAGCGGGGGCCCUGUGCCCGGCCCUUGGGGCUCACGCCCGGCCCGGCCCGGAGCGGGGGCCCUGUGCCCGGCCCUUGGGGCUCACGCCCGGCCCGGCCCGGAGCGGGGGCCCUGUGCCCGGCCCUUGGGGCUCACGCCCGGCCCGGCCCGGAGCGGGGGCCCUGUGCCCAGCCUGGCUCGGACCUGGGGGCCUGUCCCCGGCCCCCGCCCUCAGCCCAGCACGCGCCGGGCCCCCGCGUCCCGCCCGGCUCCUGUCAGUGCCGCUGUCCCCAGCUCGCCCCGCCCCCUUCCCACGGAGCGGGCGGCAGCGCCCCGGGCGGAGGCUGGAGCUCGGGGCGGGGCGCUGCAGCCCCGGGGGGCGAGGAAUGUGUCGGCGGCUCCUUUAAGACGCUGACGGAGCGGCGCGUCCCCUUUAAGGUUGCCGGGGUGACGGCUCGCAGUGAGAGCGAGGCGCAUUGA